UAUAAACACCUAUUGCUUUCAGGCAAUAAUUUUCGAGUCUCUAGAAAUAUGAAUGAAAAAAACAAGAGGAAGAGAAGUUGGGAAACAGUGCUGAGUGAAUUUACAGAUGAUCUGUGGACUGAGAUUCUCCUGCGACUUCCAAUAAAAACAUUACUUCAGUUCAAAUCAGUUUCUAAAUCAUGGUUUUCCAUUAUUUCUAGUCAUCGUUUCGCCACAUCUCACCUUGCAAUGGCUGCCAAAGAUGAUCAGAUUCUCAUCGCACACCAUGAUGUAGGUGAUUAUGAAAUGGAAGACGAGAACUCCUUUUCACUCUUCCAUCUCGGUUCAGGUCGCAUAUUAAAGAAUCUCGGAUUUCCUUUUUCUCAAGGUGAGUAUCCUUCAACCGAAGAAUUUUCUAGGCUUAUAGGUUCAGAUUGUGGCAUUGUUUGUGUUUACGUCUCCGUCUCAGCCUGGCGUGCUACUAAACAAGAUGUUGAUAUAUAUCUUUGGAAUCCUGCAACUAAACACUCCAAGAUUCUUCCCCCACACACUACUGUACUUGAUCAUAGGUCAAAUAUGGCUUUAGGGUUUGGUUUUGAUCAUGUAGACUUGGAUUUUAAACUUGUUAGAGUUGUACCUUGUGAUCUAUCUGCCCCGGUCCAUUCGACUGAGGCCAAUUUGGCUGAGAUCUAUUCUUCAAACAGGAAUGCUUGGCGAAAGAUUGAGCCUAAGCCUAGUGAUGUUCCCAACGAAAGUCGUUUCCGCCUAUGCUUGCCCGGAUUUUUGUUUGCCAUAGGAUAUAAUGGUCUGAUCGUUUUUGAUAUUAACAAGGAGGUGUUAAUUUGUGAUAUUAAACUCCCUUUUAGUUCUUCUGAAAAAAAUUAUUAUCCUCAAGAAACUCAUGUCAGGGACUUUAAGGAUACUAUUGCUGUGAUUCUCUCUAUUAUGUAUAAAAGAAAGAUAAGCCUUUGGACAUUAGACGACAAGGCGUGUCUUGCUGGUGUUGGAGUUGAGGCAUCAUGGACUAAACUGCACGUUAUUGAUGUAGGUGUUCGAGUAGUACUAUUUGAGGGCCUUUUUAACGGUGUUCAGUUGUUACUAAGUGAUGAAGAUGAUAACAGGUUGUUGUAUGAUUUGAAUAACAAAGCCACCACAAAUGUCCAUAUUCCUGAUUUUUUUGUUAUUGGUGGUUUUUUCAAGCAUACGAAUAGCUUGUUUUCACUAGAAGGAUUCAAACGAAUCAAGUGGGCUGUUGAACAUUCAGAGAUACAGAUGAAUGAAAAUAUCGCCGACUGAUGAAGAGUAGUAGGUGGAAGUGAUGCUGGAGAUGAUUUAGUUUUUGUUGGCCGGGUGCCAGUUGAUGCCAUGCUAGUUUGAAAUAUUGUUACCUAUGUAUGUUUUAACUUUUAAGAGUUCUCAUAUUAUUUUUCUAUUAAUUUUACUAGUAUUAAUGCUUUUGGGUUAUAUUCCAAAUUCUUGUUAAUUAAAUUUCUUAAGCUGCUCUCAAACCUCAGACGCUAUCAUCACUGCCAUCAACAUUGUACUUUUUUAAAAGCCUAUCAUCACUGCUAUCUAUCUUCAAUCCUCUGUUUUCCCAUUUAAUUUAUGUAUAUGUAAUUUUAUAAGAGC